AUGGCACCUCAUCUGUCAAACGAUACCGUACACUGGUUUAUGAAUGAAUUAACAUCAAGAAUUGUUAGUCAAUCAGGAAAUCCGAGUGACAGAUAUCAUCUUGGCAAAAUAAUAUUACAAAGUUUGAAAGACUAUCCUGACGCUAUUAUGCAAAUAGAUGGCUCAACGGGAGAAGAAGAGACGAAUAGUUCAGCUCUAAAAAGAAUAAUUAAAUGCGCUAUCACCUUACGGAAGUUUGGCAUAGAAGUUGGUGACGUUAUUGUUCUUAUGGCUCCAAGCCAUUUGGACCUAGCGAUUCCCCUCUAUGCAGCCCUUUGUGUUGGUGCCAUAGUAUCAGCUGUUGAUAGAACUCUUAGCGUUAAUGAGUUAAGAGCAGCAUUUCAAGUGUCGGAACCAAAAAUCGUAUUUUGUCAAAGUGAGAAGGCUACGGAAGUACAAAUCGCCCUCAACGAUAUUGAGCGAAAUACGGAAAUUGUUACAUUUGACAGCGGCGACUACUUGUGUUCAUUCCAAGAAUUUCUUACUAGAUAUAUAGAAGAAUCAUCAAUUGAUGAUUUUGAAGUUGCCGAAUUAGAUACAGAAAGCGCAGGCGCACUUUUAAUAGCGACGAGCGGGACCACCGGCUUGCCAAAAGCAGCAGUAGCGACUCACAAAAAUUAUGCCACCAGCCUACCCUACAUAUGGUCCCGAUCGACAACAUUCCCAGGCCCCACGCGUAUGGCGUUGGUUGGUUCACCGUUGCAAUGGCUGACAGCCAUCAUGAGCUUUCUUUUAUCACCAAUUUUCAAAUACAUAAGACUACAGUCAUCUUCGCCACUUACUCAGGAACAUGCGUAUUAUCUCAUCAAUACUUAUAAGCCUUCAUACGCAGUAAUGAGUCCUACAUUUAUGACCACUUUGAUGCGACCUGAAGACCGUGAUCAGUGUGAUUUUACGUGCUUUGAACUUUUACUAUUGGGUGGAAGUGCAGUGCCAGUUGAACUAAUUAAUGAAAUUAAGAAUAUUACACCAGAAACUGAAGUUUUUAAUAUUUACGGAAUGAGUGAACUAUCUGGUGUUGGAUUCCACGCUGAUUAUCCACCUCCCGGUUCUGUUGGGAGACCGAUGGGAUGCUUUCAAUAUAGGAUUGUAAAUGUUGAUACACUAGAAGAUAUUGAUGAACCAAAUGUACCAGGAGAAUUGUGGCUGAAGGGUCCUUGCAUCUUCAAGGAGUACUACAAAAAUCCUGAAGCCACUGCAGAAACAUUUCAUGAAGACGGAUGGUUUAAGACUGGUGAUAUGUUCUAUAGAGAUGAAAGCUUUAAUUACUACUUUUGCGAACGAAUUAAACUUCUGCUGAAAUAUAAAAGUUUCCAGAUUUCACCGGUUGAAGUUGAGAACGUGAUUCGCCAACAUCCAGGCAUUUUAGAUGUAGCAGUGACAGGACUACCAGAUCCAGAAUGUGGAGAUCUGCCUGUCGCCUGUGUGGUGCUUCGUGCUGGACACGAAGUCAGCGCAGAUAAUAUUAAAGAUCUAGUACAAGAUUCGUUAUCUGAUUCGAAGCGUCUGCGAGGUGGAGUCGUAUUUAUGAAUGAGAUACCUAUGACAGCAUCAACAAAAGUACACAGGCGAAAAUUAAAAGAAAUCGUAAUGAAUCCGGACACUGUUAUAAAUUAA